CGCGCUAUGGACCAUUUGUUGUUGCACAGACCCGUGCCCUCUCCUACCUCACAACCCUCCCUCUCCCCCACUUUUCUCUUCAUCUCUUUCAUCAACGAUCCAGCUUUUAUUUCGCUCCUUUACACCCCUCAAGCAUCAACUCAAGAGACAGACUUGAGCAACGGUCAAGAAGGAGAGGGAUAAGGAAAAACAACAAGGCGAUCAAAGCGCGCGCCCCUACGACUCUAUAAGGACAAGAAAGAAAGACAGAAGGAUUAGGAAGGGAAGACAAGAUGGGCGGUCAAUUGAGUAAAGCGCUUGGCAAAUUGUUUGGGAACAAGGAGAUGCGGAUUUUGAUGCUGGGUCUUGACGCUGCGGGAAAGACUACGAUCCUGUACAAACUCAAACUGAACCAAAGCGUCACCACCAUCCCCACCGUCGGGUUCAACGUCGAGACGGUUACGUAUAAGAAUGUCAAGUUUAAUGUUUGGGACGUAGGCGGCCAAGACAAGAUCCGCCCCCUCUGGCGGCACUACUACACCGGCACCCAGGGCCUCAUAUUCGUCAUCGACUCCAACGACCGGGACCGUAUCGACGAGGCCCGCGGCGAGCUGGAGCGGAUUUUGAGCGAUAGGGAGAUGAGGGAGUGUCUGUUGAUGGUUUUUGCGAAUAAGCAGGAUUUGCCGGGUGCCAUGUCGCCGGCAGAAGUCACAGAAAAGCUGGGGUUGCAUAGGAUGAAGGACAGGAGUUGGUAUGUGCAUCCUAGUUGCGCAACGACAGGCGAAGGGUUAUUCGAAGGUCUUCAAUGGUUGAGCCAGAACGUCAAGGGGACGAAAUCAUAGAACCACCCCCUUCCCCUCCCUCGCUUCUUCCACAAUCCCUCGCCAAUCCCUCGUCGAUUUCUCGCACCAUUCCAAACGCCGUCCUCCCUCACAUUGUCUUACUGUCCCCAUCCAACCGGUCCGAGCUUUGUAACGCCCCCCCACCCCACACCCCACACACCCCAACUCCUCGGCUUAACCUGCGAUGGGAUCUCCAGUAUACCCCCAUAUACCCCUUUCUGCGCCCCCUUGCGCCCCUUGCGUUUGCGUCUAUGCCUGGGAUACGGCUCUAUAUCCCUCCCCAUCGCUUUCCUUCUUCAAUUCCUUCUUUCAAACUCAAUCAUCUGUGUUCUGUUUCUAUACAUUUGCUUUCCCUCUCUCCAUUGGUGAAAAGCAAGAGUUUUAAUAAGAGUUUUCUUGUCCUUUCUUUCUUCUAUACAGCUUGUUCUUUUUACCGGUGCAUUCAUUUUUCUGGCUCUCUAUACGUAUACCCCAAAGAUGAGAUGAAGUAUGAAAAUAAAAAAAA